GAGAAGAGGUUGAUAAAAUCAUCUGCAUACAUUGAGAGUUCACACUCAGGUAGAGGUGGAAUAUCCGCGGUGAAUAGUGAGUACAGCACCGGGCCCAGCACACUUCCCUGAGGUACUCCUGCCGUUACUCGAAUUUCAUAAAACAAAAUGGUGGAUUUGCUAUCUUCAAUCAUGGGCGAUUUUGGAAAAUGGCAAUGUCGGGCAAUAUUCCUAAUUUAUCUCUGCAAAAUACCAUCAUCGUGGUUCAUGGCAUGCCUAAUAUUCACUGCACCCGCUCCAAAACGUGGAGAAUUCUUUUGCAAACCUCCUGUACCUGUGCCAUUAUUGAACGCAACAGAAUGGAUCAAAAUUUCACAUCCUGUUAUUGAAGAAGUAAAUGAUGAAGAGUUCGCUAUUGAUUACUGCAAUGUAUUCGAGGACGCAAUGGAACAUAGCGUACAGUAUUUCAAAACGACUGAAGUAAAGCCGUGGAUUCAGCCUAAAAAUGAUAGCAAGAUAAUUCCAUGUGAAGCAUUCGAGCAUCAUGCCGCAUAUAAUUCGAUUAUUACUCAAUUCGAUUUGGUUUGCUCCAGGGAUAUACUGGUGGCAACAACACAAUUCUUUCAUUUAUUUGGCGUACUUCUUGGAGGAAUAAUCACUACGAAGCUUUUGGAAACAAUUAGUCCAAAGAACACGAUGCUGCUUGGGAUGUAUACGCAAAUUGUAUGUGGCUGUAUAACCGGAUUAGUGAAUGUUUUUGAGUUGCAUAUGCUUUUUAGAUGUCUAAGUGCAAUUUGCUGUGGCUUGAUGUAUACUGCUGGAGGUAUGAUAAUAAGUGACAUUGCGGCCGAUAAAUACAGAACAGCAUCAAUAUGCUUUUUCGAACAAUUUUGGUCAGUUGGAGUUAUGAUUUUACCAGGAAUUGCCAGCUUCUGGAGCAAUUGGUCACACCUCUAUUUAGCGAUUUCUUUGCCAACAUUCUUAUUAAUCAUUCUACAUAGGUGGAUACCAGAUUCUCCACGAUGGCUGCUUCAUAGAAAUCGUGUUGAAGAGGCUAAGGCAAUAUUAAUGGAAUGCGCAGAAAUCAAUGGGAGCACCAAUUACAUCUCUAAUGAUUUUGACAUACAGUUGAAAAGCAUAUCUGAAACUUUCAUAUCGAAACCAAAUCCUGAUCCAUGGUGGAGUAUAUGGAAGGAAAAACUAGCUACAAAAAAUCUUGUUUGUGUACAUUUAGCAUGGUCAAUUUUCAUAGUGGUAUACUACGGAAUGCUUCUGAAUAUUAGAGCAUUUGGAACAGAUCAUUUACGAGUCAAUACAGUAAUUGCAGGUGCAUCCGAGAUGUUGGGAACCUUUGUAGGGUUUUUUCUAAUUAUGAGUACAGAGAAAAAAUGGUUUUGGACCGGUUUAUUGAACAUUGUUGGUGGUUUAUCAACAUAUCUUGCUUGGAUAAUUCCAACAAUUGAAGAAGGAAAUGAGCGAGUGGCUCUGCUAAUGCUGACAGCAAUGGUGUCGAAAGCGAGCAUUUCAUGUUGCUUAUCAGUAUUAAUAACAUGUACAACCGAACUUGUUCCCGUUGAAAAAAAAAUUGGUCUGUCGUAUUCGUCCACGGUAUGGGCAAGAAUUUGGCUUUUAGGAGCGCCGUUUAUAGGUGCAACGAUUAUUUUCGGGCAGUUGAUACCACAGACGAUUUUUGGAUCACUGACAAUCCUUGGAGGGAUAAUUGUAGGUAGCAUUGACAGUCCAAAGACACAUAAAAGUUUAACUAAAUGCUCAAUUCAUCCCGAAAACAUAUACACAGAGAAACCAAUAUUCAUGAUUAAUAAAUUAUCCUGAUUCAUUAUUGUACCUCACAAUUAUGUUUUCUCUAUAGCUUUUAGUGGAAAAAGGUGUUCAUAAACUUUGGACUAAUUAUUAAAAUUAACGUAUUUGGAUGAAUGAUUUGCGAUUGUUCAAAUUAUACUGUUUUGUUUAUGUUUUUUAACAAAAUUAAAUAUUGUUCCACUUUCAAAUUGAAAUAAAAUGACGUGUUUUUCUUUAAGAAUAUUCAGAUGACCAGUUCGAUUAUUAGAAGAUAAAUUUAGUAAAAACCAUUAAUCCUAAAACCUGAGAAUAAUAUCCGCCUGCUUGGCAACACAGUUUGCUAGGCAUUACCUAGAUCUUGAAUUCCUCAAAAUACUUUCAUGCUGAUACUGUAUGAAAACUAUGAAUCUGAGAUGAGACAGAUGAGUCAACAGGGAUGCCGUUCUACGCGAGAUAUUUUUAAAUGAUACAUGGUAUCUGAAUGAAUAUCGAUAAGAUAGGAAUGUUCUUACUUCAAAAAGUGUAAUACUGUGUAAUAUACAACAAAAGUAUCGUAGAUAAAAAUGUACACUGUAAACAAUCUAAACGACAAAACAAACCCUAAUUCACCACCGAUAAUAUCACAUUGGAUAGCCGGGGGCCUGCCAGUGCGGAAGUCUUCGGAGAACCGGAACUGGCAGAAAACCCUCGACAUCUAACGGAAACAAGUGAGACGGGUUUUACUCCCGUAUUCCUCGCAGGACCGCGAGAGACAUAAAUAAACAUACCAAAAGCGAGACAGACAAGAAGGUUAAACCCCCGUAUUUCUCUCAGGGCAGCAUGGGACAAAAAAUACAGACGUAGCCCUGCGCAGUCGGAAGUUACAGAUCAACCGGAACUGGGGUACAC